AUGGCAAAAGUCAAAGAGAUACAGAGUGUAUACGAUGAGGUGGCUGAACGUGACUAUUGUGAUUUGGUGCAGCAACGGCAGGAGGAUGAUUGGAUUGUUGAUGAUGAUGGCAGUGGAUACGUUGAAGAUGGAAGAGAGAUUUUUGAUGAGGAGGCCAAUGAAGACGAGCUUGCGAGCAAAAAAAAGAAGUUUAAAGGCGAUGCAAGAAAACACACAGGUGGAGCAUCGGGGUUGGACCAAGAAAAACCUGCUGUCAAGUCACGAAAUAUAAAAAACAUGUUCAUGGCUGGGAGUGCAAAGCAAAAAGUUAAAUCUGAGAAAAAACUCGACCAGGAAGGUGGUAAUGUUUUAGAAGAUAUCCUUGGAGAGUUAAAAAAUCCAAAGAUAUCUCCUAUGGUUGCUGGAGGGAUGGUUCGAGUGUCUAAAUCAGUGAAACACAGGCCGGUAAACCCGUUUGCUACGAAACUGUCGGGAGGUGCAAAGUAUGUGGCAUUGCCGAGAACGCAGCAGGCACCGACACCGACGGUGACAACAACACCAAAACGCUGGGCAUCACUGCCAGUGAACCAGCCAGGUCGCAGUAAAGGGAAGACGAGAGGAGCGGUGAAAACGGCAGACGAGGACCUGGAGGAAUUAGACAAUGUCGACUACAUGAACUCGCAGCCUGAUGUCAAAGUUGGCACGAACGAGAUAUUGGAGAAUAAACCUGAUGUAGAUAGAACGAAGCCAGAGAUGAUGCUAGAGGACAUCAAUUUUGAGGAUGGCGCUUUUGAGGAGUCAUCUUCAGCAGAAGCUAGAAAGAUCGACGAUCAACAGCUUACAGAAAUAGAUUCAGUGGCACCUACUAAAGUUGAUAAAAGGUGGGCCCCAGAAGAGAAGAAAUGGGAGACCGGGUGGGAGGUAUGCAAAUCUUCGACAGAUGACAUCAACGAAGCCAAUGAUAGGACUGUCACCGUUCAGGUUGACAGUUUGACAUUGCCGACAGUAACCAACGAGAGUGGGGACGAGGUGUUACGGAUGUUCUGGCUUGAUGCAUAUGAAGACCCGUUCAAACAGACAGGUACAGUCUACAUGUUUGGGAAGGUGUGGUUAGAAGCAAGCAAAACUUACAUCAGCUGCUGCCUGAUCAUCAAGAACAUCGAAAGACAAAUCUUUCUUCUGCCCAAGGAUGAUAUGACGUUCCAAGAUGUUUACAAUGAAUUCAACGACAAAUAUGCAACUGAAUAUCACAUAAGAAAGUUCAAGUGUAAGCGAGCCAAAAAAUAUUAUGCAUUUGAAAAGUUUGAAGUUCCGUCCGAAGCUGACUACUUGGAAGUUAAAUAUUCGCACGAUUUCCCUGCACUGCCAUCCAAUCUCUGUGGGAACACCUUCAGCCAUGUAUUUGGAACGAACACAGCAUGUUUGGAGAUGCUGCUUCUGGACCUGAAAAUUAAGGGACCCUGCUGGUUGGACAUCACCAUACCACAGGUGAACAGUCCACCGUUGAGCUGGUGUAAGAUUGAAGCAGUUGUAAGUAGUCCGAGUCACAUCAGCAGAACCGGGGCGGAUCUCAAGCCACCCCCUGUUGUCUGUCUGGCGUUGACAAUCAGAAGUGCCUUCAACAGCAGUACUCACGAGAACGAGAUUGUUGGAGUGGGAUGUCUGCUGCAUAACAGUUUUCCACUGGAUAAGGCAGCACCUAAACCACCAUUCCAACAGCACUUUUCCAUUAUAACCUGUCCUAGUGGAUGCGUGAUGCCAUUUGACUUUGCACAGCAACUGAAAAAGUCGCAACUAGGAAACGUUGAGGUAGCAGCUAGCGAAAGGAACCUUCUGUCUUAUCUCCUUGUGAAGAUCCAGAACAUUGACCCAGAUGUUAUAGUGACUCACAACUUCUUUGGAUUUGAUAUCGACCUAAUUUUGAAGAAGAUGGAAAUCGGGAAUGUUCCUCAUUGGUCGAGGUUAGGCAGGUUGCGGCGCGCUCAUAUGCCCAAGGUUGCGAAGAAAGGUGGCCAUUUUGGAAGAAUGCAGCACAAGUCAACAGUGGCCGGCCGGCUGGUAGUUGACAUGAAGAUAUCGGCUCAGGAGCUGAUUCGCUGCAGGAGCUAUGACCUCACGGAGCUAGUAGGCCACGUUCUCCACAGAAACCGCAUAGAAAUCCCACCCGAGAGCAUACACAACAUGUUUACGACAAGUCAGAGCUUGCUGCAGUUGGUGGAGUGCACGAUGGGAGAUGCCAGCUACGUGCUGACGCUGCUCUGUGAACUCAAUGUGCUUCCCCUCGCUCUGCAGAUUACAAACAUCGCCGGAAAUGUGCUGUCUCGUACUCUGCUCGGCGGAAGAUCUGAGCGAAAUGAGUUUCUGCUCCUACAUGCUUUCCAUGACAAGCAAUUCAUCACCCCAGACAAGGUUUACGCAAAGAAACAGGGACCAAAGGGAAAGGGCGAUAGUGUAAAUGAAACAACAGAAAAUGGAGAUGAAACAGUAGCUACAACCAAGUCAAAGAAAAAGCCAUCAUAUGCUGGUGGAUUAGUGCUUGAACCUAAGAAAGGUUUCUAUGACAAGUACGUGCUACUGCUGGAUUUCAACAGUCUCUAUCCAUCCAUCAUCCAGGAAUACAACAUCUGCUUCACCACUGUCGCCAGGGUGCCUUACAAAGAGACGGAGGAGGGACUGCCGGAUGUCGAGAUGCCAAGCAACGACCUUGAGGACGGCGUGCUGCCGACCGAGAUUCGCAAGCUGGUGGAGAGCCGGCGUGCCGUCAAGGCGCUCAUGAAGGACAAGAGCACGUCUGCAGAGCUGAUGAUGCAGUAUGAUAUACGACAGAAGGCACUUAAGCUAACUGCAAACAGCAUGUAUGGAUGUCUGGGCUUCAGCAACUCUAGGUUUUUUGCCAAGCACCUGGCAGCUUUGACUACUGGAAAAGGCAGAGAGAUCCUGCUCCACACGAAACAUCUUGUACAGAAAUAUGACCUGGACGUGAUCUAUGGUGACACAGACUCGAUCAUGAUCAACACAAACACCACGAACCUCGAUGAAGUUUUCCAGAUCGGCAACAAGGUGAAGACCGAGGUGAACAGGCAGUACAAGAAGCUGGAGCUGGAGGUCGACGGCGUCUUCAAGUCCAUGCUGCUGCUGAAGAAGAAGAAGUAUGCAGCGCUGGUGGUGGACAGGUCGCCCGCGGGCGAGGUCACCUACAGCAAGGAGCUGAAGGGUUUGGACAUCGUGCGGCGAGACUGGUGCGACCUGUCGAAGGACGUCGGAAACUAUGCGAUAGAACAGAUCUUGUCAGCAGACACCCGGGAAAACAUUGUGGAGAGAAUUCACCAACGGCUGACGGAGGUGGCAGACGACAUGAAGCAAGGAAAAGUUCUCCUGGAGAAGUUCAUGAUAAACAAGGCGCUCACGAAGAACCCAGAUGAUUAUCCAGACAAGAAGAGUCUUCCUCAUGUACAGGUAGCGAUGAGGCUCAACAGCAAAGGUGGCAAGAAGCUAGGACAUGGUGACACAAUCACCUACAUCAUUUGCCAGGACGGCUCUGGACUGCCUGCGACGCAGCGAGCCUACCACGCCGCGGAACUGAGAAUGCAGCCGAGUCUGCAGGUCGACCUGCCCUACUACCUCGCCAGUCAGCUGCACCCGGUCGUCGCACGGCUGUGCGACCCCAUCGAGGGCACAGAUGCUGGACAGAUAGCUCAAUGUCUCGGACUGGAUGCAUCAGCCUAUCACAGAACCCACAUUCACAAGCAGGAGGAUGAUAUGGAUGCAUCCGGCCCAAUGAGCUACAGUGAGAAAUUCAAGCACUGUGACCCACUCACCGUUAGGUGUACCAACCCCAACUGUGCUAGCGACAUAAUAUUUGAGAAGGUUUUACUGACAGAUGUAAUGUGCAGUUUGGAGACAUGUCCAAAUCGCAAGUGCGACCUCAGCCCACGCGAUACCACUGCAUACAUAUGCAAUAAGCUGGUACAGGAAAUACGGAAGCAUUUGUCCAAGUACUAUCUCGUAAGUAUGAAACACAACAGCUGUUCAUAGCAUAUCAAUUAUUCUUGGUAUUAGCAUAGACUGAUAAUAUCAAAAUACUAGACUUAAAUCUGUUACCGUUUAUGCAAUACCGCCAUCUGGU